CGUGGCUCGGGGUGUUCGUAUUUGCUUGUGGUGAUCGUGUCGCGCACAGCAAGUUUUACGGAGUUACGAACUUUUUUUUAUAAUAUAAAGCCUACGAAAUUCAGCCAAAGCGAAACGAGUUAGAACUUGUAUUGAAACGUUAAAAAAAAUAUAUAUGAACGUAAAAAAUAAUAAAAAAAACAAAUUCCACGAGUGACGUCGUCGAAUCGAAACGAAUGCAGCAGCGGAUAGCAGCAGCAUAGAGCUAAAUUUGUCACAAACUUGUGUGUUAACAUUUGUCGAAAAGAUGGCUCGAUUUUGUAGAACCGAUUGAAGAAAACCUUUUGAUAAUAUAAAAAGUGACUGGCGGACAAUUAUGUGAUUGGUUGAUGAGUGUAUUGCAAUAACCCUAAAGUCAGGAAAAUGUUUAAUUACGAAUAUGAAAAGCGACUAUUGAAGCCUACCAAUGAUAUCUACAGCGAUGCUAUGGGUACAUCAGGGGGGACUGGUACGCCCGUAUAUUUCUCACCAACUAAAUCGACGAACAAUAGCUUCGACCGAUUCAUACCUACGCGGUCAGGAAAUAAUUGGCAAACUACAUUUUCUAUGAUAUCAGACAACGGACGUGGAGGACUCGUUACAAAGAAGACAAGAGAAACUGGGGAGGCGAGUCGCGAUGGGAUCGCUUAUUCGUGCCUGUUAAAAAAUGAACUUUUAGGAGCGAGUAUAGAGGACGUAAAAGGUCAGAGUGAAGAACGAAGAAUUUUAUCACCCCUUGCAUCAAAAAAUUUAUUCAAAUACACAACACCUACCAAGGACCGUACUUUGCUGGAUCAAAGUUCACCAUACUCCCUAUCUCCAUUGAGCUCAAAGAGUCAGAAGCUACUACGUUCACCACGUAAAGCAACCAGGAAGAUAUCUAGAAUCCCAUUCAAAGUUCUUGAUGCACCUGAGCUCCAAGAUGAUUUCUAUUUAAACCUCGUAGACUGGUCAUCUCAAAAUGUGCUCAGCGUCGGGCUAGGCAGUUGUGUAUACCUCUGGUCUGCUUGCACAAGUCAAGUAACACGUCUUUGCGAUUUAUCAAGUGAUGGUAACAGCGUCACAUCUGUAGCUUGGAAUGAAAGAGGAAAUCUAGUGGCUGUAGGGACCCACCUGGGUUACAUCCAAGUCUGGGAUGUUGCAGUAAAUAAACAAGUCAGCAAACUUCAAGGACAUAGCGCAAGAGUUGGAGCUCUUGCCUGGAACGGAGAGGUAUUAUCUUCCGGAAGCAGAGACAGGCUUAUUCUUCAAAGAGAUGUGAGGACUCCAAGUGUUGUCGGGGAAAGACGUUUGGGGGCUCAUCGUCAGGAGGUUUGUGGGCUGAAAUGGUCACCUGAUAAUCAAUAUCUAGCCUCAGGAGGAAACGACAAUCGCUUGUACGUAUGGAACCUACAUUCUCUGUCUCCGGUUCAAACUUACACGGAACACUUAGCUGCGGUGAAAGCAAUUGCGUGGUCUCCCCAUCAUCAUGGCCUCCUAGCAUCUGGGGGUGGAACUGCUGAUAGAUGUAUCCGAUUUUGGAACACUUUAACUGGUCAGCCUAUGCAGUGUGUGGACACAGGGUCUCAAGUCUGCAAUUUGGCUUGGAGUAAACACAGUUCUGAACUUGUUAGCACGCACGGAUAUUCCCAGAAUCAAAUUUUGGUGUGGAAAUAUCCCAGUUUAACACAGGUUGCUAAGUUGACUGGACAUUCUUACAGAGUUUUAUACCUUGCCAUGUCUCCGGAUGGUGAGGCUAUUGUCACCGGAGCUGGGGAUGAAACUUUACGUUUUUGGAAUGUAUUUAGUAAGGCACGUAGCCAAAAGGAGAACAAGUCUGUACUGAAUUUAUUUACCAGUAUACGGUAAAGAAAAAGAAAAAAAAAACAACACGCAUAGAUAUUAGAGUAUAGGUUUGUUUUAUGUAUUGUACAUAUAUAAGAAUAUUCAUAUACACAUUGCGGCUAUUGUAGGGAUAGUCCCACGAAACGAAAAAAAUUGAUUACGAUUGAUGUGUGCGCAGAUAUACAUGCAUGUAUUACGUAUUUAUUGGUAUAUACAUGUAUAUGUGUGCAUGUGUAAUGAAAUAUGUAGGUGUGCUAGAGCUGUAUAAUUGGCAAUGAUUAAUCAUCAGGUUUGUAGAUAAAUAUUACAAUACCGUAUAGUAGAAUAAGUUCACAUACAUAUAAUCAGCCUGCAACACACCGAGCCUUGUGUGCAAUAAGUCAUUAUUACAAUCGACACCCGAAUCUGCCCUUUUAAGAAGCAAAUAAUACCAAAGUGAACCACGCCUCUGCGUGUAAUAACCACGUUUUAUACACAAUAUUAUAUACUAUUAUCAUUUACAUCUUAUUUACUUUUUGAUAAGUCCUCUUCGAUUGAACUAGGGUGAAUUAUUAAUAUAAAUUAUUCAUAACCGGAUAAUGAAACGUCAAACAAAAAUUCGCCAGAUAUAGAAUCAGAUAACUUUGGUUUAGUUACAAAUCCUAUGAGAUGGGACAAAAUCUAAGAGAGCGUCAUUCACAAUUUGGUAUCAAGUACUAAGUAUGUUGAAAAGUAUUGCGAGAUGCAUUAUACCUUUUUAAAAAACAGAAUUGUGUCUUGGACAUUUUUUUGUAGCAUGCUGUGAUCGGCCAACACGCUCGCAAAGCUUUGUACGCAGUUUAAACGGGCCAUUAAUUUAAGCUACUAUUAUGUAUACAUAUUUUCCAAACGUGGGUCAAUUGCCUUCAGUUAUUUGAAGUCGCGAAUCAAGAAAAUGAGGUUUAUAUUUUUGUAUUUUUUAUUUUACAAAUUUUUAUUUAUGUUUCUAAUAACGUAACUUAAGGGUAUUCCUUUGAUUUUCAUAUAAUGAGGAUUAUAUUGUUUUCGGUUAAUCAUUCUAUUUUAUUUUUCCUUUUGGAAUCGAUUAUAGUUCUUACAAGGGCAGAUCAAUCAUGAUGUGUUUUAUGUUACUUGUAACGUAUGUGCUGUGUCCGCUCGGGUAUUGGCAGGCUGGCCAGUCAGACCCCCUAAAAAUUUAUACAGAUACUAGAAGGCUGUUUUCCUUGCUCCCAUUGAGGGUUCAUUCUAAAUUCUAAAUUAUAUUUGCAUAGGAAAUGGUAUUCUUUUUAAUUUAAUUUAAUUUUCUUUUUGAUUCUGAUAUUUUAUUUAGAUACAUUAUUGUAUUAUUAUUUUCUUUUUUUUUUCAUAACAACAACAAUAAUGAUAAUAUUAAUAUGAAUUAAUCUAUAUACUUACAAACUUAUAUAAAUACUUUGCAAAGUCAAGUCAUUUGUACAAAUUUAAAGUGAACAAGAAUUUACUAAUUUAUAUAAAGAACUAAUAUAUUAUAAUUAUCUAUUUCACUGUUGUGAAACAAUAAUUCUAUGAUUUUUUUUUUUGCAACAUCUGAUAGGCAGUUCAUAUCAUCGUUUGUAGAAAACCUUGGAAUAAGGUGAUACUUUUGGCGCUAUGGUGGUCUAUAAAUUAUAACACAAAUAGAUUUACAGAGAAUAACUGUGAAGAAACUGCGGAAACAUAUAAUAUACCUAUAUUUAUGGACCACUGUAGGAUAAGGCAGUACACCUGUUUUCUUGCUGUUGUGUGAAAUGUACCAAAUUUAUUGUAACAAGGAUAUACAUAUGCAAAAUGCAACUGUCAUGCGUUUUAGCGUUACGAUUAUCACUGAAAUGUCUCUGAGAAGUUCUCAGUAGAUUACAUUCCGCAAUUUAAUUAGUGGAUCAAAUUAUAUAUUCUUUUCCAAUAUGAACUUGAAUCAAAUUGCUUCUCGACAGAUCUGGAUUAAUUGAAUCGAGAAAUUCGAAUUUUUCUUCAAGUAGGUACACAUUAUAUUCUAUAGAAAAUUGCUGGAGUGUGUAUUCAAAAUAUUAAUAAUAGUCCUAGAUCAGAGUUAGUAACUAAUAUUGGAACAAUGAAAUGAAUUUUGAAUUACUAUUUAUUCCAACUGUUAUGUGUUCUGAUCUCGACUGCCAAAAAUAUUUCAUAUUACUAUGUAGAUUUAUUUCUGAAAAUACAAAAAAAAUAUAUAAAAAUUAUUGCAGAUCUUAUCUGCAGUCAUGUUUGUUGCUAGCAACAUUUGAUAAUUGUAUUUAAAAAUUAAUAUAUCAAAUAAAGUGUUUGAUGAACAGUGAAUCUAUUGACGAUAUUGCAAAAUUAGAUGAAAGAAUACAUUAUAUAUACAAAUAGCCUUAAUGAGAUGAUAAUUCACUAUUUAUAAAUAAUAGAUUACACAGAUUAAUAAAUUAGAAAUAAAGUACACCUUUGGGAUUCUAUUUAUUGGCAAUCCCUUUCCAAUAGCCUUUGAUCACAACUCGAAGUACCUAAGCUAAAAAUUUUUAUCUGUACUUUGAAUUUAUUGUUAACUCUAAGCCAUAUAUCAUCAUAUUAAAUGAUCAUUGUUCAUAUAAUUUAAUUCGCAAUUCGCUAGUAGAUAUCACUUGUCAUUAACUGACGUUCAUCUUACUCUAUGCAAUUUCUUUUAUGUCACCUAAAAUCAAGUGCAAUGACUCUUAUAGUGCAUUAGUUGUAAUUGCCAGUCUCAUGAAGAAUAGUAUGUGUGGGACAGCGGGAAGCAGUGAACUUAUUGCUAUCAAAAGAUCAGAGCACUAGAGCCAUUGUGUCAUGUCACUUAAUACUAAUGAGCUCAAUAUUAAUGCAAUUAAUGGUCAUUAAGAGGAAUGUUUUACUAUCCCAUGAUAUAGGUGAAUAUCAUAACAAUGAUCGUAUCAUUUGUGAUUACCUUCAAUUCAAGUAUGUUUAUUGAUAGAUAUACAUAUAAUGUUCUCGCUGAAUAAUCGAUAAAAAUGCUUUGAAUGUAGAGUGACUUACGUUUAAGUAGAAUAAAAAUAAAAUAAAUUUCAUCCCGCUCUAAUUGUUAUCUCGGCAUCGUUUUCGUUGUUGUAAAACAUUAAUUAUUCCACAUCAGUCAUGCAGCAUGAGGAAAAAAAUACCGUAACGAAGUUCAACAAUCACAUAAAUCUGAAAUAUAAAAACCGCAGUUUGUAACAACUACUAAUGUUUAAACCACAAUGAUCUCAUAGACAUGCUGAUUUUAUUUACGAAUAAUCGCAUUUUCAUUUUGCUGCAAUAAACCAAGUUUGUAAUAUAUUAAAAAUCUUGAUCAAAUUAGAUUUUUUUUCAUAUACGCACCGGAAAUGUAGGAAGUUAAAAUUAUCAAUUAAAUUAAAAUGUUCAACUUUAGAUUAAAGUAGCAUACGGGGAAAAAGAACAGAAUAUUUUAUACUUUUCAAAUAAUGUAACCAGAAACACACCAUUAUCUAUAAUAGAUAAUUAAGGGUACGGAAAAUUAUAACAAUAAAUUCUAAUUAUUCAAA